GGGGCCCUGACGAUGGGGGUGGGAGGCCGCCAUGCAGAGACCUGAUUGGAUUCAGAUAGGAGUCGAGUAGGAGCUGAGGCCACUGUUGGGUGUGAGGUUGGAGGAGGAGGCUGGGCCGCGGGGAGGUGCCCGUGAGGUGGAGGCAGGAUGAGCUCUGUCUGGAGGGCAUGGCAGCCGGGGGCCGAGGGGAAGGGGGGGGGGCAGGGACUUCAUCCUCAGGAGCAGGUGUGGAGGGCUUCCUGGAGGCGGUGGCACUGGGGCUCAUUACCUCUGCCCCUGCCGCCAGGCUGACCCUGGGCAAGCCCCUGGGCGAGGGCUGCUUUGGUCAGGUGGUCAUGGCGGAGGCCAUCGGCAUCGACAAGGACCGGACCACCAAGCCCGUCACGGUGGCGGUGAAGAUGCUGAAAGACGACGCCACCGACAAGGAUCUCUCCGACCUGGUGUCCGAGGUCACCUUUGAGGACGCGGGGGAGUACACGUGUCUGGCGGGCAAUUCUAUCGGGUUUUCCCAUCACUCUGCGUGGCUGGUGGUGCUGCCAGCCGAGGAGGAGCUGGCAGAGCCUUGUGCAGCAGGCGGGCACCUGGGCUGUGCCAUGGGAGCUCCAGGCAGAGGGCACCCCGGAAGCCAGGCCAGCCCUGGGGUGAUGACCUUGUGGGGGCUCCUGGAGGAGGACACCACCCAGAACCUCACUUCAGACAAGGUCUCUAUUUGAAAAAGCUAAAUACAACAAACAAGCCAAGCCCCGAGAGAAAACAAUAAACACCUGUUUCAUACUGUUACUGGAAUAAUUAGACGUGAACUAAGACUAGCAUGUUCAAGAAAACAGCAAGAUGGACAGCUUUAUGUGAGAAAUGAAAUCUUAAAAAAAAAAAUUCUGGCAUUGAAAUGAGGAACUGCGAAGUGGGUCUAAGAGUAAUUAAACCCAUGCCCUGGCCGGGCAGCUCAGUUGGUAGAGCAUCAUCCCGAUACACCAAGGUUCAGG